UCCUGCAGUGGCUCCCCAGACCUGACAUUCCUCUCCUUACAAUUAAGGGAAAACAAAACAAACUACAAAAACAACAUAAAAACUCAUCCAGGGAUAUGAUUGGCUGGAUCUACUGCUUUCGCUGGCGGCUGGUCGUAACUUAAGGGCAGGCACUCCUGAAGGCGGUUAGGGAAAAAAACUGACUGACUGACUGACUGGCUGGAUGUCAACAGGGCAGACGUGCUGAAGCUGGCGGAUUUAGUAAGGAUUUCUGUGAGGAAAUACAUAACAAAAGGAGGACAAAUACCCAGAACCAGAGGCUGGCUCGGACUGAUCGGGACCAUCUCUGACACUCAAGCGAUCUUCAGAAUACACCAAAUACUGUGAAAUCCACUGAGAGAAGGCCCUCUAUCCGCUCCACCUCCAUCUGAAAAAAGGACAUCCAUUUCAACCCUCAAACAGUAUGGAACUCCAAAAGCUAUCCAACGGUAACCACUGCCCAGACCUAGAACUAGCAACAGAGAAGAUCAUCUUGGAAGAAGGGUUUGAUGGUGUUGAAAGUGUGGAGGCAGAACGCGAGGAGUUUCUACCUCACAAGGGUGAUGGGAAGAAGCAGCCGCAGUUCACAGAUUUUGAAGGAAAGACUUCCUUUGGAAUGUCUGUCUUCAACCUUAGCAACGCCAUCAUGGGGAGCGGAAUUCUGGGACUGGCAUAUGCCAUGUCAAAUACUGGCAUCAUCCUCUUCCUAAUCCUGUUGACGUUCAUCGCCAUCCUGUCAGCGUACUCCAUUCACCUUCUCCUGAAGAGCGCAGGAGUUGUGGGGAUCCGCGCGUACGAGCAGCUGGGAAACCGGGCUUUUGGUCCCCCAGGGAAAGUGCUGGCAGCUGUAAUCAUCACCAUACACAACAUCGGAGCGAUGUCCAGCUACCUCUUCAUUGUGAAGUACGAGCUUCCCUUGGUGAUCCAGGCCUUCCUGAACAGGAACUCGGCGUCCGGAGAGUGGUACUUGAACGGGAAUUACCUGAUCAUCAUCGUCAGCUUCACCGUCAUCCUUCCCCUCGCGUUAAUGCGGCAGCUCGGUUAUCUUGGCUACACCAGUGGCUUCUCCCUCACAUGCAUGAUGUUUUUCCUCAUUUCGGUGAUCUACAAGAAGUUCAACAUCGAAUGUCCGUUGCCGCUCAAUGACCACAUUGACCCUCCUGUCAUUAGUAACGCUACAGAGGAUGCCUGCAAAGCUGACCUGUUCACCAUUAACCAGCAGACGGCGUACACCAUUCCCAUCUUGGCGUUUGCCUUCGUCUGUCACCCGGAGGUCCUGCCCAUCUACACCGAGCUGCGCAACCCCUCCAAGAAGCGCAUGCAGAACGUGGCCAACAUCUCCAUAUUAGCCAUGUUUGUCAUGUACCUCCUCACCGCUGUCUUCGGCUACCUCACCUUCUAUGUGAAUGUGGAGGCGGAGCUGCUCCACACGUACAGUAAAGUGGACCCUCUUGACACCCUGAUCCUGUGCGUGCGUCUGGCUGUACUGGUGGCCGUCACCCUAACCGUCCCUGUUGUCCUCUUCCCGAUCCGCCGAGCCCUGCUGCAGCUGCUCUUCCCCGAGAAGCCCUUCAACUGGCCGCGCCACAUCAUCAUUGCCAUCUGCCUGCUCUUCGUCGUCAACCUGCUCGUCAUCUUCGUGCCCAACAUCCGGGACAUCUUUGGCAUCAUCGGUGCCACCUCGGCACCCAGCCUCAUCUUUAUCCUCCCGGGAAUAUUCUACAUCCGCAUUGUCCCCAACGAUCAGGAGCCACUGAAGUCCAGACCAAAGAUCCAGGCUGCGUGUUUCGCAGGACUCGGCUUCAUCUUCAUGGUGAUGAGCAUUUCCUUCAUCAUCCUGGACUGGGUGUCCGGAGAGGGCAAGAGUGUAGGCGGGCACUAACACGCUGCAGCCAAUCACGAGAUCCGAACGCCAAAAUGCAUCAGACUAUUCCAACAGCCCCCCCACCUCCGCCACGCCCCACAUUACCCUGCCACCCCUCCCGUCUCAGUCCAGUGAAGCGCCAGCGUAAGGCUGAACCUUCCCCCUCCCCCCACACACACCUUUCUACCCGCCACCACAAAUGAAAUGAUUUUUCCUCUGCCCCUUUUGAAAAGAAAAAGUGAUGUGUCACCCUUCCGUGGUGGUAAGCCUCGUUGAAGAGGCGCAGUGAUAUCACUCCCUCGCUGGGAUCGGGUAUCCAUGGCAGCCGUUCCAGGUGGCGAUUCCGAUUCACUGCCAGUUCACUUGCUCUGGCGCGGCUGAGAGGUGGCUGCCAGAAUCUCUGGAGCCAGAACCCGAUGAACACAGGGGUGUGCGCCAACCACGCCAGUCUGAGUUCUCUCACCCAGCAGGAAUUCCACCUGCUUGAAACAGACACAGUGUAAAAUCCUGUGAAAGGUACUUUUCUCUGUAUAGAUCGGUUUCAGUGGCUACUUGUCUGCUAGAACCAUUGUUAUCUCCUUUCAACCUUCCACUACAUCAGAACUGAGCAACUCAAAGAAUAGAAAAAAACUCACAGUUGGGAAUUUCUUCUUUGAAUGUGAAACCCCUCAGGCGUCUCAGACAAUUUUUCACAGAAAAUACCCAGGUAUGCUCUUGGGUUGACCGUUCAGUGUUCAUUAUUAUGCUUAGUAACCAAAGUCUGUCCAGAAAAAGAUUUCCAUCGUACAGGGCUAAUUCCAAAGUACAGUCAGCUACUGUCCAUUUGCUGACUGUCAGUUGAUGGAGACAAAUUAUUUUGCUGUGGUCAGCCUAGUGAAUGAGAAAUUACAUCAUAUUUUUGAAAGAGCAUGUUUAUUUUAUCCUGCAACUUGAAGUGAAUUUUUAUUAUCUUUCAAUGAUAUUUAAUAUAUGAUGCAAACAAAAGCAAAUAUGAAAUUAUUUAAAUUUCUCCACCUCCCUUCCGAAAAAAGAAAGAAAAUGUUAGUUUUAGUUUUGGUGCCAUUUAUUGGAUUAAAAUGUAUAUACAAAUAUCUGUAUGAAAACUGUAAAUAUUUGUAUUUUCAUGCCUGUAGAGAGGUUUACUAGAAAGCCAUUGAGUCUCCAGUUUUGUGAGAACAGGACCUUAGAAUGUAAUUGGUUGGCAGUGAGCCAGCUGACAGUUGACCACUUCCAUUGGUCAAAUGAAAAGUUAUUCCAUUCCUACUGCGAAUGACCAAAACGUCCAUGAAUUGAUAGGCGACUCUUUCAAGUGCUUUUAUAUUUUUCCAUGUGCAUCAUUUCAAGACUCCACAUCAACAACUCCAAAGUAUUAGCUUCAGUGUUUUUCCGUAAACAUCAUCUUGCCAAUUCUGGCAUUGCUGAGUAAAUGGUUGGUCGGUCCCUCCCCUCUCUGAUGACGUAAAGCCGUCCAUGACUCCGCCCCUCUGGAGACACAGUUAUGAUUGGGUCAGGGGCUGAGGGAUCGACAGAACUGUAUUCCAGUGAGAGAGAAUGAGAAAGGCUGACUAAUGGUCAAAAAUGGCUUUAGAAUAAUUCCAUACAGAUUUUUUGACAUGUCCUUUAUUAAGAAAAUCAUAAUGGUGACGGUGACAGUUUGGAAACAGGGAUUCCAUUUAUAUAUCAUUGACAGUUUUCCUGGACAACAUCUGACCAGAGCCACAGUUCAGAGUGCAGACACCAAAAUGGAGAAACGUAUCAGAAUUGAGAAGUUGAGAUGGUUUUUACCUAAGCAUAGUGGUUUGUGUGGUUUUUAAGAACACAUCUCACUUUAUAUGGAGAUGAAAAUGAAAUAUUUUAAGAUUUUUUUUCACAUGAAGAUAUUUUUCCAAAGUAAGAACAAAAGGGAGCCAGAAGAGAAUUAAAAUAUAAUGUGAAAAGAAAAUAUAAUAUACCCAUAAAAU